GAUCGGGUGCCCCUCGGCUCCUUUCGGCUCCUCUCGUUUCCACUCGACAUCUUUCAAUCCCACUCGGCUCCCUUCGGCUUCCUUCGUUCCUCCUCGGUCACCCCUCGGUUCCUUUCGUUCCCACUCGGCUCCCUUCGGCUCCCCCUCGACUCCGCCUAUUCCCACUCGGCUGAUCUCGGUUCCUUUCGUUCCCACUCGGCUCCCUUCGGCUCCCCCUCGACUCCGCCCAUUCCCACUCGGCCGAUCUCGGUUCCUCUCGUUACACUCGGCUUCCUUCGGCUGCCCCUCGGCUCCUUUCGAUUCUCCUCGAAUCCUUUCGUUCCCAUUCGACUCCCUUCGCCUGCCCCUCGGCUCUUUUCGUUUCCCUUCGUCUCAUUUCAUUCUCUCUUGACUCCCUUCGGUUCCCCCUCGACUCCGCCCAUUCCCAUUCGGCCCAUCUCGGCUCCUCUCGUUCCCACUCGGCUCCCUUCGGCUCUGCGUGCCCCGCUGAUGGCGGCGGGCCGCCGCUCACCGCCGGGGCCGUGCUGCCCGCCGCGGGUUGCGGUGCCCAGCGUGCACCAGAGCCUCUCCGAGAUGGACUUCGAGCGGGGGAUCUGGGCAGCGGCGCGGGACGGGGACGAAGCUCGGGUGCUGCAACUGUUGGAACGGCGCGGGGAGCCCAGCCAGCCCGACCUGGCGGGGUACACCGCCCUGCACUACGCCAGCCGCAACGGGCACCUGGGUGUGUGCCGCCUGCUGCUGCAGCGCGGCGCUCAUUGCAACGCCCGCACGCCCGGCGGGGCCACCGCCCUGCACCGCGCCAGCUACUGCGGGCACGUGGCCGUGGCGCGGCUCCUGCUGGCGCACGGCGCUGACCCCGCCGCCGCCGACGGGGACGGCCGCACCAGCCUACAUAAGGCGGCGGAGCGCGGUCACCGGGAGCUCUGCGUCCUCCUGCUGCAGAACAGCCCUGCCUUGCUGGCUGCUCGUGAUGCUAAAGGACGGCGGCCCCGCGACACGGCCGACCCCGCGGUGUGGGAUCUGCUGGAGGGAUGAAGGGAGGCAGCGAGGACGCCGCGGAUGGAGGCAGAGGAAAACGGCCCCGCUGGGAAAAAAAAAAAGCAAAGCUCUGGGCCCGAA